CACACAGCCUAACUUUGCCUGACUUGUGCUGCGUUGUUGGCCGACUAAGCGAACCCGAAAGAGGAGGGAAGAGGAGCCUUGCCGUUCGCUAUUGCCCAUUGCCCUGCGUUGUCUGUUACCUCACGGGUACCCCCUUCUCCAACCUCCCGGGAGAACCCCCGAGUUUUUCCAUCUCACUUCGUCCUUACAACCUCCAAUCUCCGCCAUUUCAUAACCGGUCCGGACAUCUUGCGCACACGAAUUGAUCGCAACGACGACGUGAUAAGUGCACAGUUUUUGAAAAUUUGCUAUCGCCGACAGCACGGCGCGAGAGUCUAUAGGAUUUAGAGUUGUGCUUUACGUUUAUAAAUCGGGUUUAUUGGCUUCGGCAUAACGCGAUGAUAUAGCACCUUGGGUUCUUUCCUAUUCCGAAUCGUCGCAAUAUAACAAGUCCUCGCGGCCGUAUCACCCCUGCCUCGACUGAAGUACUUUCUUCCAAAUACAAUUGACAGGCGCCUUCCUUGGUUCCUUCUUAUUAUCCUUUGGAAGAUUUGCUCUUUCCCAUAAUUCAGAUCGAAGACCCACCGACAUGGAUAUGGAUACUUCAUCAAUCUCAUCGGCGUCAGAUCUUUCUGACCCUCCCUCUUCCAAUCCACCUUCUUCACCUCUUUCAGUUCUCUCUAGAUCUCCCUCAAUAUCACCAAGGACAUCGCUUUCUUACAAUACAAGCCGCCUACCCUCUCCACCUUCAACAAUAACUUCCCCAGGAAGCGCGUCACCAAUGAAGUCCUCCGAUCAAGUGUCGGUCGAGAACGAGAUUACGGUGAAUCCAGAUGGCCCACCGCCCGCUAAGCGACGACGCGUCGAGCGCAAACCGCGUACCACCGAAUAUCUCGAUCUAAAAGCAGCAUCACAGCAGAGCGAGAAGGACGAGAAGUUGCUGGAACAACUAACUGGCGCUCUGCGCAAGAAGAAGAAGAUUGUGGUUAUUGCCGGUGCCGGAAUGUCCGUAUCUGCAGGAAUUCCCGAUUUCCGAUCUUCGAAGGGUUUAUUCGCGACUUUACCUAAAGAACACGGUCUAAAAGGUUCCGGAAAGCACCUAUUCGACGCGUCUGUCUACAAACAUGAUUCUACAACCUCAUCAUUCCACACUAUGGUUCGGGAUCUAUCGCAUCUUACGAGGAAUGCGAAGCCUACCCGGUUCCACCAUCUGAUCGCCUCACUUGCUAAAGAAGGCCGCCUACUGCGCCUCUACACACAGAAUGUUGACGGCCUCGACACGUCUAUGCCGCCUCUUUCCACAACAGUUCCGUUGAACACCAAAGGUCCGUGGCCCAAGACUAUUCAGCUCCAUGGCGGCCUAGGCAAGAUGGUAUGCUCCAAAUGUAGCGAGAUCAGCGACUUCGACGACUCGCUUUUCGAGGGUCCGGAGGCACCUCUCUGUAAGGGAUGUGAGGAGACUGACAACGUGCGUACCUCUCACGCUGGGAAGCGUAGUCACGGAAUCGGACGAUUGCGACCGCGAAUGGUUCUUUACAACGAGUAUAACCCCGACGAGGAAUCCAUUGCCAAUGUUGUUCGAGCCGAUAUUCGAGCCCGGCCUGACGCCAUCAUCGUCGUCGGUACCAGCAUGAAAAUCCCCGGUGUGCGUAAUAUGGUCAAGGAUAUGUGCCGUGUGACGAGAGAGCGCAAGGAUGGUGUUACGGCCUGGAUUAAUCUGGAUCCUGAACCUACCGGCGCCGACCUGAAGAACUGCUGGGAUCUAGUCGUGAAGGGAAAGUGUGACGAUGUUGCCUCCCUGGUCCAUCUGCCCCGCUACGACGCAAGCGUUGAUGAAGCUGUAGUCAUUGACGAGAAGAUGUAUGAGGAUACUGUCCGCGGCGUCAAGCUCGAGGUGGAAAUCCGAAAGACCGAAGGCAUCUCUGUCAAGAAAGAGUCACGUGACAGUUCACCACUUGAGGCGAAACCGCAAUUGGCCGACAACGUUCAGGGCAUGCCUACGCCAUCUGCUAGUCCCAAGGCACGGGCAGCCUUGCCUACGAUCAAGAUCAAGACACAACCAAAACAGAGCAAGCUCGCAUUCUCCGGUCUCAACUCGUCGAAUUCAUCUACGAAUACCACAACAGGACGCAAGGACGCUAAGAAGGCAACCCAGCGUAAGCCCAAGCAGAGCAAGAAGGCAGAGCCGAAGCCUCCUAAAGCUACGAUCAGCAAGACUUUCAAAGCUACCAAGGCAACUACGGCUGCCCCAUCCAAGAUCCCCGCAAAGCGCGAGUUCGAAUUGGAACCCGAACCAGUUCUUUCUCCUCGAUCUGUCAUGCGCGAGGAGUUCUCACUGCGUCCUCGAAGCAAGGCUGCUGGAGACGACACCGUACCUCAGAAGGGCAUUGAGAUUGCACCGCCUACUACUCCUCCUCAGCAGCCUGCACGUCUGUCGCUUGCCGGCACUAUCUCGCCUACAUCGAAGCCCCGAGGUUUCGCGUCCUUGAUCGAUUAGUUGGAACUCAAGAACCCCAGUAUAUAGGCCUGUCCUCAUUAUUUCCCUGUACAUAAAACAUUACACGAGGUCAUCUAUUCACGCAGGAAGAGGAAUGUCAAAGAUAAAUCUUUCGGAGCAUUAGAGGUUUUCCGGGGUCCGCAUUUCCUUUGUUCCAUUGCAUUCUCGCAUGAUCAGCACGUAUGGGACGAAACGUGCGUCGCGUUAUCUAUUUCCUAGGGCGGCGAAAAAAAUCCGCAUCAUUCCGGACGCGGCUCAAGUCCGUCGGUUCAUAUCUUGCUUCCUCUCACGGCGGGCAGAGGAAAGCACAGAGGCAAUGGCGUUUGAUACCUAGAAAUGAGCUGUAUGGUUAUAGCUAAACAUCUUUAUAAUGGCCCGGUUUCGGUAUGAAAAUACUUGACAUAUCAUAUACCUGGUACGGGGACAAAGACCGGAAAACCCCGAAUAUCACAGCAAGUUGAUGCAGAAGAGAAUCGGUUGUUCUUGCCAACGGCUCUUAAUGUCUCUCGGGUGAGAGGAGAGUCCGUUGCUUGCCCGUAAAAUGCAGAAUAAUCGAAAUAUGAAUGAUCUUGA